UCGGCUGGGCUCAGAUCGGCGCGUCCCCGCCGCGGAGCCGGGCAGGCGGGCGGCUGCAGUUCCAGAAGAGCCGCCCGGGAAGGACCGGAGGCGCCGCCGGCUCAGCGAUCGCCCUAGCGGGGAGCUCCCGCCGCCGCCGCUGUUGGUGCUGCGGUGGAGGCGCCCGAGCGCAGCGCAUUGGCCGGGCCUUGGGACGGCGCGUCUCGCCUCUGCUGCUGCAGCCGCCGCCGUGGCGCACAGCCCCCGGGGCGCCUCCUCGCCGGCCGCCAGGGGGCGCCGCUCCCGCGCCCCAAACUUUCCCCUCGGCCACCUCCUGCUCCUCCUCCUCCUGCUGCUGCGGGAUCCAAGCCGCUCGUCCCUCGCCCCGGAUCGCCGAUGCUGCGCGCUGCCGUCGGACCAGCCAGCGCCCGCCGGCCCUGCUGGGAUUAUAGCUGCUGCGCUUUGUUGGUUUUUUGGUUUUGCCCUCCCCCGACUUGGCUUCCUUGGCUCUGAAUAUAUAUUUUUAAAGGGAGUGGGUGGGUGUUUUGCACCCAGAUCUCACGCGCUGUCCCUUGUCCUUUCACCCCUCCACCCAGGGUCCUUUGCACCCCCUUGGCAUUUUUCCCCGAUCCCCCUCCCAAUUACUCCGUCCUAACUGUCUCCCUUCAAUUUAAUUUUGUUUGUUUGUUUGGGGAGUAUUCUAGGAUUGCAUGCAUCGCCUGCCUUUUCUUCUUUGACACCCCCCCCCCCCUUAGCCCAUCCCCUCGCACAAGUCUGCUGAUUUUUCCUGGGGGAAAGGGCGGGGGGCAGAAGCCUCCCUCCGGGAGAAAUCCGGGGUGGCUCCUGGGAGCAGCCGGUGGGACCCCCGUUUCCUUUACCCACCGCCCACGGCACCCUCCGUGGCCCUCGCCCCGCCCCGCCCUACCCCCUGGUUUGGCUUCCGUGUCGGAUCGCACGUGCUGGGAUUCGGUGGUCUCCGCGCCUCGCCCCGGAUUCCGCCAUGGCCUUGGCGAAGAGGACCGGAUCCGGACCCGCCGCCCUUCUGUGCUGCAUCGGGGCGCUGCUCAGCCAGGCCCAAGCCAAGGUUCCCCCCACCAGCUCAGAGCCCCCAGAGACCUCCCUGCCUUCCGCAGCUGCUGUCCUGCCUGUGAACUACCGGCUCUCCAACACCCGCCUGGCCUUCUUCCUGAAAGAGAUGCGGCCAGUGCCCAGUGGGAACAGCAGCUCAGCAGCUUUGGCAGCUCCUGAGCCAGCAAAUUAGUGUUCAGAACCCAAGGAGUUGCCUGUCUUGAAUGUCUCCCUGGGGCCUUUCAGCUUGGGCCUCCCACUGCCCAAAGAGCUUCUGCAGCCCUCAAGCUGUGGGAGAUCCCAGCUUGGCGGUUAGCGCUGGAGAAGAUCGCGGGCUUUCAUGCACCGUCCGCCUGCGGGUGCUCUCCAGCCAGCGCGGCCCAGGUGCUUUUAUGUGGCAGGUGACUGGGAUGAGAGCUUUGGCGGUGACUGGCGGCUGCCCUGCGUCUUGACUCCGGCUUUCAGCGAAGCUGCCCGUGAGCUCCGGACCUCUUGCCGCCUGCGGGGCAGCCUUGCCACCUGCCUCGCCCAAGCGGAGCUGCCCCAGGCCUGGUUUGGGCCUUCUGCUGUGUCUCUGGGUCACAGGAAAGUAGCGGAUGGACUAGACCUGGCAGGGGAUGCCCAGCAGGUGGAGCUCUACUACACUCUGCACGCACCUGAUGGGAUGGGGGACUGCGGGAGUGAGCAGGGGGCACGGAGGGGUGGUGCAGGAGCCAGGACGGAGGGCCCUACGCAGCACCCGCUCCUACGCAUUGGUAGCUUAAGGCUGGUCAGCCAGCGCGCCUCUAACCCUAUACAGGAGGCAAGCGCCUGGACUGACCGCGUCUUCGACAUCCACCUUCCAGAGAAGCCCCUCAAGCCCGGCGAGGUGCUCAGCAUCAUCCUUUACCUGAUGGGCAAUUCGACAGUGGAGCAUUUUACACUCAGGGUGAAGGCCAAGAAGGGGGUCAACUUGCUCAAUACGAGAACCAGGAAUCCCCAGUGGCUGGUGAAUUCGGAGCUGCAAACCGGGAGCAAACACUCCACGGCAACGGUCGACGUGGCCUGGAUCGGGGGCAGCUUUCCCAGGGAGGAAGGCACCUCCUAUGAAAUCAUGCAGCUGGACUUUGAAAUGGAGAACUUCACCAGCCAAUCGGUGACUCGGCGAAUCAUGUGGCACAUAGAUUAUCGAGGCCGCAACCCACCGCCUGACCUGGACAGGGCUGUGACGGAGCUGACAGUAAUCCAAAGGGAUAUCCGUGCCAUCCUUCCUCUGGCAAUGGAUACAGAGAUCAUCAACACGGCUAUCCUGACCGGUCGGACGGUGGCCAUCCCAGUGAAGGUCAUUGCCAUUGAGAUGACGGGCAUCAUCAUGGACAUUUCUGCUGAUGUGGAGUGCAAGUCUAGCAAUGAAGAUAUCAUCAAGGUGUCCAGCAGCUGCGACUAUGUCUUUGUGAGUGGCAAAGAGUCGAGGGGUUCUAUGAAUGCAGGGGUCUCCUUCAGCUACGACCACCUCAGUGCCCUCCUGGAGAUGACUGUCUGGGUCCCCAAGCUCCCCCUUCACAUUGAGCUUUCGGACUCGCGACUCAGCCAGGUGAAGGGGUGGCGGGUACCCGUCCUGCCUGACCGGAGGUCAGCACGAGAGAGCGAUGACGAUGAAGAGGAAGACGAACGGCGGCAGAGCCGGGGUUGUACCCUCCAGUACCAGCACGCCACCCUGCAGGUGUUCACCCAAUUCCACACCACCUCCUCGGAGGGCACCGACCAGGUGGUCACCAUGCUGGGCCCCGAGUGGAUGGUUGAGGUCACAGACCUGGUGAGCGACUUCAUUAGGAUAGAGGACCCUCGGGUGGCCCACAUGGUGGACAGCAACACGUUGGCUGGUCGAGAGCCUGGCACCACCCUCUUCAAGGUAGCCUCACCCCUCAUGGAGGCGGUCCUUGGAGAGACGCUGGUGACGGUGGCUGACGAGAAGAUCACGAUCACUGAGCUGAAGGCCCAGGUGGUCUCCAACCUCUCCCUUUCGCUGUACCCCAGCCCUGGAAACAGUCAUACCAUUGUGGCCAAGACAACAGCUCAGCAGACGCUCAACUUCUCUAAGCAGGAGGCCUUGCUGAGUCUUUGGGUGUCGUACAGUGAUGGCACUACAGCUCCCCUCUCCUUGUAUGACCCAAAGGACUACACAUUGGUUGUGAGCAGCCAAGACCAGUCUGUGGUGUCAGUGAUGCCAGAUCGGGCCUUUCCGGUUGUGGUGGCCGAAGGUGAGGGCUCUGGCGACCUGGUAAAGGCCGAGCUGAUGAUCUGCGAGAAUUGCCAGAAAACCAAGCGCAAGAGCGUGCUGGCCACUACUGUGGCCAACGUCCGUGUGCAUUUCAACUCCGAGGAGGAGCCCACCUACGAUUAUGAACCUGUCCAAACUCCCAGCAAGCCUGGACGGGAGAGGGCUGCUCCUGGAACCACACCCAGGUUGGAGGGUGAGUGGCAUCUAGUGCCCAGUCAGGAGAGCCGAGUGCCCAGUGUUGUUAUCCCCACUGAGGAGUUUCCAACCAUCCCUACCGGCUACGUACAGGUGACGCGGGGCUUGACGGACCUGGAAAUAGGCAUGUACGCCCUUCUUGGUGUCUUCUGUUUAGCCAUCCUUGUCUUCCUCAUCAACUGUAUAGUCUUUGUGCUUAAGUACCGUCACAAACGGAUCCCACCAGAAGGACAAACCAAUAUGGACCAUUCUCACCACUGGGUAUUUUUGGGCAACGGACAGCCAUUGCGGGCCCAGAAUGACCUUUCUCCUCAGCCCGAGAGCCCAGGCAACCCUUUGGAGAAUGUCCAGACCUGUUGCCAUGGUGACCACCAUAGCAGUGGCUCCUCGCAAACCAGUGUGCAAAGCCAAGUACACGGGCGGGGGGAUGGCUCCUCCGGGGGCUCCACCAGGGACCAGAGUGAGGACCCGCUGAACUCGCCCACCUCCAAGCGCAAGCGGGUCAAGUUCACUACUUUUGCCACCAUGCCUUCCGAGGAGCUGGCCUAUAACUCUAUUCCCAUAGCUGAUGAGGAGGACUUGGAGUGGGUCUGUCAAGAUAUGGGCCUCCAGGACCCUGAGGAACUGCACAACUACAUCCAUAGGAUCAAAGAGAUUGCGUAACGGGUCAGAUCCGCCACUCCGGAUACCAAGGGCAGGGCGCUCUCGCUGGAAUUUGAUGGGAUAGUUUGCAUUUCCCCUCUGGCAUUCAUUGGGGUCCUUUUCUGGUUUUCCUCCAAGUGAACAAGCCCGCCCUCGGUCCUAGUGCUGUUCCGAGGGAGAUAGGAUCUGUCCCAUCAUAUGGGAAGACUUCCUGUCACUUGGAAGGAACGGAGGGCAGGUUGGGCCAUAACUACGGGGGGUGUCAAUGGGACUUAGCCAGAUUGGGCCAGCUGGUGUCCAUAGCUAUGUGUCAAAAGAGUGGGCUGGCAAUGCCCAGUUGGGGCCAGAGGAUCGGGCAAUCCGAUCCCGAGGUGCUGGCUGGAACAUGGAAUAAAUCCUUGCAUCUGCUUUGGGGAACUUCAGUCCCUGCCUUCCCAGCGUCCACCGCUGCCUUUGCCGGCCAUCUCCAAAAGGGAAACCUUCGAUUCUGCAGCUUUUCUUUUCUUGCACAAUAAACGUUGACUCUUGAAUAACAUUCAGGGAUUCUGCCCAGCCUGUGGGACUCUCAUGGACUGCUACUGCUGGGGUGAAGGGAGGGGGAAGCAGGGCAGAAGGCUCUGGGUCACAAGUACAAGGCUGCAUUAGAGUGCCCUGGGACCCCACAAAGAAAUUUUGACUCUAUUAUUACAUGGGGAAGGUGAAAGGGGGUGUAAGACUAUACCACCCCCUGCCUAUUCCAAACAGCACCGAUCCCCUUUAGUGCCUGCACUGCCUUUCCCAUACUCUUAAACUUCUGGCAUUGAGUUGAUCUGCCCACUAACCAACAUGGCUGCCUAGAUUGUGGGAGUGGAGGCCAAGAACGCCCAAGCCCCACAGACCUCUGACCCAAAUUCUGAGGGGGAUCAAGAUGGAAGAGAUAAUCUCAUGUUCUGGUGAGAUGGAAGAGAUAAUCUCAUGUUCUAAAGUAGGGUAAGGCCUCCAUAACCAAGAACAACACCCUCCACUGGUGGCUUAGUUGGCCAACCCAAUCUGACUCCCACCAAUCAAUGACAAGGUGGGCAGCUGUUUCUUACAGCCUCAGCUAGUCAGUGCCACCAGCCCAUACUGAGAUAAGACUAGUUUCUUAUUGAUUCAGACACUGCCUGCCUUUUUCCUCCUCCACUUCCCUGUCAUUGGUGUCAAGAAAGAUGGAGAAUAAGAUUCACCUAAGAUCAAUUGGUUAUGUGUUAGGAAUGAGGUUGGGCCAGGUAGACAUCAUAAGGAUCCUGAGGAAUUUGGGGUAAACCUCCAAAGGGUCACAGAGAUGGCAGCGAUCUGAGACUAGCGGUGAAUCAGUGAAUUGUUUGGAUCUAGUCUUCAAUUGGACGGCAUAACUUCUCUCCAAGGCAAUUUAAUUUCACAGCUUGAUUAAACAAAAGCAGCCAUCCAGCCCAAUAUUUGUCUACAGGAUCCUAGUUUUCCCCACACAUCUCUUUUUAUAUUUUUUUACUUUGGAUCAAUUUAUUUGGCGGCUUGGAACGGAAGCAAGUGUUUGCACGGACAGGUGAAAAAUUAUUCAUUUGAUCCUGUGACAGGUUACAAUAAAGAUUCUUGCCUUGAUUGACAAGGGCUUCUUUGGACAAAAUUUGAGCACCCCUCCUCUACAUUUCCUGCUCCGAACCCUAUUGUUGGAUCACCCCUAUAGGUCAAAGGGUGCCAUUUCAGUUGGGCGAGGAGCUAGAGGCACACACCGUGAGAUUUUAAUACGAGAAUGGGAUGGGAAAGGAAAUUCUUGGCAGAGUUUAAACAUUUGACCUUCAAUGACCAAUUUUGAGGGUUGGAUCCAAACAGCUUUUUCAGUGUUUCACAAGGGAGGAAGUGGUCUGUUUUAACCCUCCCCUCCCAACAAAGAUUAUCCUGGGGAUCAUGGACAAAAAUUGGAUGGACAAAAAUGGUGUGUGUCUGGGGCUGCAGUAGGAAAUGGAAUUGAGUGAAUGAAGUGGGGGGAAAGCUGGUUGGAUCCAACCCAGUGUAUUUUAAUGUCACACAGUGAGUGUAUGUGGAGGUGGGGGACAUUUCAGUGCAUUUCUAACAGUGGAGCAAACAGGUGUGCUGUUUUUCUCGAGCAAAGGAAUUGGUGCCUUUGACACGUCCAAAUAACUGGUCCCUGGCUUUCUACGCACCAUUGUGAACUGUGGGCCACAACCGAAACUCCUCUUGUGCCCUCCCUAAAUGGCAGCCCAGUCCAGCCCCGUCCAGCCCCAAACAAGGGCUGGCUGAAACCCCAUCCUGGGUUUCAAAGUCUCAUUGUAUCUUCUGUCAUUGCAUAAUCAUGACCCCACCUCCUUGUUGACAAAGCUCCGCCCCCUCCACACUCCUCAUUUUCUGGUGGGCACUGAUUUGCUCUGCAGCAGGAUUAUACAGGAUGACUUUUCCUGGGUAGUACCACUCUGGAUGACAGGGAAAGGAACCUCUCAUUCACAAAUGUACCACUUCUUUCCCUGCAUGUACAAAAGCUCCAUGUCAUGAAGAUCGGUUCCUGGCUCAAGCUGUCCCAGCUAGGGGUAUUUAGUGGGGAAGUAUUCCAAGUUACCCUACCCACCCCCACCCACGGUCUCAAGUGGUACAAUCCAGGGAGAAAGAAGCAUCAUGUGAUUUGGUUGUCUUGCAGAUCUCUCUUGGGUAUCGUAGGCUCUGCAUCCUCAAAUGAUGGUGGACAUCCUUGUAUGGAGAGAAGUCUCUGUUUUACUGAUCUCCCCUCUUGGUCUUUGGGUAAGAAUAUUGGGGGCACCCACCUGCAACCCCCAUUCUCCCUGGCACUCAUGCCAGGCAGACCAAACUGAAGGGUGGGCUGUGUUGAGGCUGGUGCUAUCCACAGGUGCUGAAUUGCAAAACAUGGGGCCUGGGUUGGGGGACGGAGGAAAGGAAGCCCCUGCCAACCAGCGGGCAAUGUACUCUCUUUCUGUUUGAAUUUACCCACCACUGUGUCUAAUUUUUAAAUAAAAGCAAACUGACAAAGAGAAA